AUGAAAUUACUCCUUUUACUUGUCUACAUUCCAUUUUCUUAUUCUCAACAACCAUAUGGCAUUUCCCAGCUUGACAAUUACAGUCGAUUGAUUAAUAGCGGGAAUCUAGCAGGACUUGGACCACUACAGGCAGCUGUGCAAAAUGGACAAAUCCGUUCAUGGGCGGAUUUGGAUGGAAGCAGCAAAUUGAGUGGAUUACCCCCACUUCCACCAACACAAGAUCAAGUAAAUCGUCACUUCUUACCCGAGCCACUGCCAGCUCUUCCAUCAACGGGACUCACUCAGAGACCCAUCUCAAGAAUCACUUAUCCAACACCACUUCCAUCACUAUUUAUGGGACCUUAUGGUGUAAAUUCCAAUGCUGAAUUGCCACCUGUGCCUGAAGAUAACCUGAAAGGUUACUAUGAUGAUGAUGGAAACUUUGUGCCAUGGGGAAGAAAGAAGGGGCACAAGAUUCAAGGCACUCGAAUCCAUCGACCGGCACACAAAACAAAGGCGAGAAUUGAGAGAAGGAGAAGGAAUGAAGAUGAAGAUUAUUUGAAUGAGGUCGAGAUUGAAGAUGCGGAUUUGAAAAUGAGACCAAGAAGACCCGAACUUGGGCCAAAACUUAAAACAACCAUUACUCGAGUUGAUCAAAGAAAACUGCCUUCCCCUUCUCCAAUUGAGCCAGUAUUCUCGCCGAAACACCGAACGAAAAUCAGGUCUUCCAAAAAGAGAGCGCAAAAAACGAAAAAAAUUCUACACAAAAAGUCAACGGAAUCAAUCGAAAAAGAAAAAAAAGCUGAAGAUCGAUUAGAGAAAAUCAAUGAACGAUUAUCGAAAAAGGAAGGAAUGCAAUUGAUCCCCAUUGAGAGAUCCGAGCCAGUGUCAGUGACUCCCUCCCCUCCUUCACCCACUCUCCUUCCAUCCACCACUCUUCCACCAAUCACUGUCACUUUCCCAUCAUUCGUCUAUCGACCAAAAGCGAAAGAAAUCGGAAGAGAUCCAUACUUUGAUAAUAUUUUGCAAGAAGUUGAGGAGUACGACGAUUUCUUGGAUCAAGAAGCUCAGUACCGUGAGAGUUAUCCAUACGCCAGAUUACCGUUGAAUCCCUAUCUCCAGCUUCAUCCUGGACAACUCUUGCCACCACUUUUCCAGAGAGGAGUCACCAUUGAUAACAGUGGAUAUAUAAAACCAUUGGAGAACCACGAAGUGAUUGGAACGUUUGAUGGCAAAGCUCGGUCCGAACUCCCAGCUCAACAAGUCCAACAACCUCAACAACCUCAACAACCUGCCCAACAAUAUCAACAACAAACGAAUCAGAAUCCUCUCUAUCCACAGCAACAAUAUGGAGGUGUGAAUGUCUUCCAACAGCCCACUCCCACAAAUACAGCCACUAAUACAGCCACUGAAAACCCUCUACUCAACAUUUUCAAGCUUUUCGAAUUUCCCAAGUUCCAAGAGAAGAUCAUCGAACGAGAUUCCGAAUCUUUUGCAAUUCCGCCAGAUGCAGAUUUCACCGGUCAAAAUGCGGAAAACCACGAUAGAAAGUCGGGAAAGCUUAAGCUGACCCCACCCAUGAUCGCCGUCUCGCCAGCUGAUGAGGACGAUCCAUUUGCAGGACCUCCCGAGGACAUUACCAAAUUUGAGAAGUUCGGCUUUGAUCCUCUUGCAAGCACAUCAAACGGCACUUCAAGGAAAAGUGCGCAUUCGUCGAAAAGAGGAGGAUCCGAUAGGCUCAAGGGGCGGAUAGCGUAUGAUAAGCGAUACGCGAAUGAACCCCCGCAAGUACACCGAGGACAGACAGCUCGCGGAAUGCGUGGUAGUGGACCUCGUGGAAUGACGAUGAGAGGAAGAAGCGGGCCACGCGGAAUGUCACGAGGAGGAGCACAAGGAGUGGGAAGAGGUGAAGGCAUGAAU